AUGGUAAACACAUGGCUUAUUGCCUGUUGUACCAUGGCAACAUGGUUCCCCAAAGAUGCUAAUGCUGCCAUUGCCACCAUCAAGACCAAGUGUACCACCCAGUUUUUUCCCACUGUGGUACCUGGUGGAGACCUGGCCAAAGUACAGCAGGAUGUGUGCAUGCUGAGCAGCAUUGCUGAGGCCUGGGUCUGCCUGAACCACACGUAUGACCUGAUGUAUGACAAGUGUGCCUUUGUUCACUGGUAUGUGGAUGAGGGUAUGAAGGAAGGAGAGUUUCCUAAGGCCUUUGAGGACAUGGCUGCCCUUGAGAAGGAUUAUGAGGUGGUUGGUAUGGAUUGUGUUGAAGGAGAGGUUGAAGAAGAAGUUUAA